UUGCUAUUCACUCAUUCUUCUGAUUCUCAUUCAUUUACUCUUUCGUCUUUCUUUCUCUCUGAUCAAUCAAUCUUCUUCAAUCUUUGGUUUCAUCGCUCUGAAACUAAUCAAUCGCCGCUACACAAAACAACACGCUUCAAUUUAUUAUUAUCAUCAACAUUAUUAUUUCUGUAUUUGUUUUUCUUCACUUUUUCCGUUUAAUUCUUCUCUGAUUCUUCUUGCUUUCUCUCUUUCUUGCUUUCAGGUUUCUUUCACCAAUGGCCAAAUCCACAAACAAUUCUUCUCAGGAUAUUACUUAUGAAAGGAUCUUGGACGCCCCUUAUAUCUUAGACGACUUUUACUUGAACUUGUUGGACUGGAGUAGCCGCAAUGUUGUUGGUAUCGCCAUUGAAAACUCCGUUUAUCUGUGGAAUGCUUCUGACACUUCCAGUUCAGAGCUUGUCACGGUGGAUGAUCAACAUGGUCCUGUCACAAGCAUUAACUGGGCUCAAGAUGGAUGCCAUUUAGCCGUUGGGUUGAACAAUUCCCUUGUUCAAAUCUGGGAUACAACUGCUAAGAAACAGUUAAGGACAUUGAAGGCUGGUCACAGUCACAGAGCAAGAGUAGGUUCACUGGCAUGGAACAAUCAUAUUCUAACAACUGGAGGAAUGGAUGGUAAGAUUGUUAAUAAUGAUGUUAGAGUGAGAUCUCACAUUGUUGAAAGUUUCAGGGCACAUAAAGGUGAGGUUUGUGGGCUCAAAUGGUCACCCUCAGGAAAGCAAUUGGCGAGUGGUGGAAGCGAUUCUGUUGUUCACAUAUGGGAUAGUUCAGUGGUUUCGUCGAAUUCACGUACCGGUUGGCUUCACAGGUUUAAUGAACACAAAGCUGCUGUGAAGGCACUGGCUUGGUGUCCUUUUCAGGCUAAUCUAUUGGCUUCUGGUGGAGGUGGAGGUGAUCGUUGCAUUAAGCUGUGGAACACACACACGGGUGCACGCUUGGAUUCUGUUGACACUGGAUCACAGGUAUCUGGUCUGCUGUGGAACCAGAACGAGCGUGAGCUUCUUAGCUCACACGGUUUCACGGAGAACCAGCUUACCCUUUGGAGCUAUCCUUCGAUGGUGAGGAUGGCGGAGCUCAGAGGUCACACUUCGAGGGUGCUGUGCAUGGCGCAGAGUCCAGAUGGGUGUACAGUGGCAUCUGCAUCCGCUGACGAGACUCUGAGAUUUUGGAAUGUCUUUCGAAGUCCAACAUCAGCAUGCAAAGCAGCUGCAGCAGAGACAGAUAAAUGAGCCCUUUGCUAAUUCAACCGUAUCUGUUGAAGAGGAAGACUUGUGUUACUCAUGCGAACCUGAGUUGAAAUAUCUUAAUUUCUUUUGAGGAGGUUGCACUAUCUUAAUGACAGUCCUAUACUUUUAGUUUGCACUAAAAAAUGAUUGUUUUUUUUUUUUUUUAUGGUAUCACCCGUUCUAGUUUUUGUAGGUAGUACACAGAUGUAUUUUUUUUUUUUUCCACGGAAAGAUACAUA